AUGAAGCUACAAGAAGAAGCUAGAGCAAAAGAGAUGGUUGAGGCGAAGAAGCUUCAAGAAGGAGAAGACGCUAAAGCAAAAGAGAAGCUUGAGGCAAGGAAGCUGCAAGAAGAAGCUAAAGCCAAAGAGAAGCUUGAGGAGAGGAAGCUUGUGGAAGAAGCAACAUUAGAGAAGAAAAACCAUGAGAAAAAUGUUAUUGAUGAAUCUGGUGGAAAAGAGAAGAUACUAAAGCAAGAAGAGAGGAAGCUUCCAAAAGUGGUCUAUACGAAAAUCGGGCUCAAGACUGGGGCAAAAUCGGAGUCUGAAAAAGUUGAUGAGGCCGUGGUGAAAGAAGCAGACGAGAAAUUAGAUGAAAUGCCACAUGCCAAAUUUACAAAAGAAGAAACAUGUUAA